UCCAACGCAUACCUGUCACAUAUUCACAUCACGGCCUGGUUCCUGAAUCCUGAUGCGGAGAUGGCCGCCACCCAUCCCAGGCUUCGCCAACCACCGCGCCCUGGCAACAGCCGCGGUCGCAUCCCCCACCGACGAACUCGUCCGCCAGCACAACCGCUCUCUCGUAGCUCUCCUCCGCCGUGGCCGCUUGGCCGCGGCCCGUCGCCUCUUCGAUGCCCUCCCCGCCCGCUCCGUUGUGACCUGGAACUCGUUUUUGGCGGCGCUAGCCCGAGGCCGCGACGUAGCCGCCGCGCGCGCGUUUUUCGCCUCCAUGCCCGUCCGUGACGCUGUCUCGUGGAACACGCUCCUCGCCGCUUACUCCCGCUCGCUGAACUCCGAGCACCUCGCCGCCGCGCGCCGGCUGUUCGACGAAAUGCCCCAGCGCGACGCUGUGACAUGGAACACCCUCCUCGGCGCCUACGUGCGCCGCGGCCUCAUGGUCGAGGCUGAGAAGCUGUUCGACGAGAUGCCGCAGAGAAACGUGGCUUCUUGGAACACGAUGGUCACUGGGUUUUUCUCAGCUGGUCAGGUGAACAAGGCCCUUGACAUGUUCGAUGCAAUGCCCGUGAAGGACUCCGCAUCACUGGGCACGCUGGUGUCGGGGUUUAUAAAGAACGGCCGGUUGCACGAAGCUGAGGAGCUGCUGACAAAGCGCUUGAGGGUGACGGACAUGGACGAGGCUGUUGAUGCUUAUAAUACGCUGAUUGCUGCAUAUGGGCAGGUAGGGAGGGUGAGUGAUGCAAGAAGAUUAUUCGAUAUGAUACCCAGAGGGCAGUACCAGUGCAAGACGAACAACAUGAGGGUAUUUGCGAGGAAUGUUGUAUCAUGGAACUCAAUGAUGACGUGCUAUAUCCGAACUGGUGAUGUUUGCUCAGCUAGGGAAAUCUUUAAUGAGAUGCCGGACAAGGACUUGGUGUCAUGGAACACUAUGAUAGCUGGCUACACCAAGGUUUCAGAUAUGGAGGAAGCAGAAAAGCUGUUUUGGGAAAUGCCAGACCCUGAUAUAGUUUCUUGGAAUUUAAUAAUACGAGGAUUUACACAGAAAGGAGACGUUGAGCAUGCCCGGGGAUUUUUCGAUAGGAUGCCAGAGCGUGGAACCAUCUCUUGGAAUACAAUGAUAUCAGGUUAUGAGCAAAAUGGGCACUAUGAUGGUGCGAUCGAGCUAUUUACAAAGAUGCUAGAAGCUGGUGGAACGCCUGAUCGGCAUACCUUCUCUUCAGUUCUAGCAGCAUGUGCGUCACUCCCUAUGUUGCGCCUUGGAGCUCAGCUUCACCAACUUAUUGAGAAGUCGUUUCUUCCAGAUACUGCAACUAGCAAUGCACUUAUGACGAUGUACUCCAGAGGUGGGGCACUAACUGAUGCUGAAGCCAUCUUCAAGCAGAUGCCACAAAAAGAUUUAGUGUCCUGGAAUGCAUUGAUAGGAGGUUAUGAACACCAUGGUUGUGCUACAGAGGCCUUGCAACUGUUCGAAGACAUGAGAAGUGCUAGGGUUAUGCCAACACAUAUAACCUUCAUUUCUCUCUUAAGUGCAUGCGGAAAUGCUGGCCUUGUCUCUGAAGGAUGGAUGGUGUUUGAUACCAUGAUUCAUGAGUAUAGCAUUGCUGCCAGGAUUGAGCACUAUGCAGCACUUGUCAAUCUCAUAGGUCGACAUGGUCAGCUUGACGAUGCAUUGGAGGUAAUCAAUAGCAUGCCAAUUGCUCCAGACCGAUCCGUGUGGGGAGCAUUUCUUGGAGCCUGUACGGCAAAGAAGAAUGAACUGCUGGCUCACAUGGCUGCAAAAGCAUUGUCCAAAAUUGAUCCUGAGAGUUCUGCUCCAUAUGUUCUGAUUCAUAACUUGCAUGCCCAUGAGGGAAGGUGGGGAAGUGCAUCUGUGGUGAGGGAAGAGAUGGAACAGCAAGGUAUUCACAAGCAUCCUGGGUACAGCUGGAUUGAUCUGCACGAUAAGGUGCAUGUCUUCAUCUCAGGGGAUACCUCGCAUCCCCUUACCCAGGAGAUUUUUUCAGUCCUAAAAUGUUUUGACAUGUCAUCCAGAGAUUGGAGCUAGACGUGCAGCUGUUUACUGGCUUUUUGUGGCGUGCCAGUUUCACAAUCCAAGAAACAUAGGGAUGAGCCAGGCAAUUCAAGUGAGUU